UGAACAAGCUUCUAUUAUAUUCAUUCGUUUACUUACAAUGUCGAACGUUGUUGAGGCUGAACAACAUAAGAAAAAAGGGAAUGCUCAUUUUAGCAAUAAAGAUUAUAACAGAGCUAUCGCAGAAUACUCUUCAGCUAUCAAUAAAGAUCCUAAGAAUACUGUUUAUUAUACAAACCGCGCAUUAUGUUACUUGAAGAUCAAAAACUAUGAAAAUGUUAUAGCGGACUGUGAAAUGGCUAUUAAACAAGACCCUACUUCAGUAAAAGGAUAUUAUAUGUUAGGUCAAGCUUUAACGGAGCAAAUUGAUUUUGACACUGCUAUUUCAAAUUUACAAAAAGCAUAUGACCUUACGAUUGCAGAUAAAGGCAAUUUUGUUGCAGAAAUCGUUCAGGCUUUAUUGAAUGCUCGGAAAAAGAAAUGGAAUUUGGAGGAGAAAAAACGCAUUGAGAAGGAAUCAGAGUUAUUAAGAUACGUCAAAGGUUUAAUUAACGCGGAACGUGAGAAACAACUUCAAAAAGUUUCACCAAGAACAAUGCUUUCAAAAUUUGUUACUUCACAUCCUCCAGAUGUUCAAGCAAAAUUGGAUAUUAUUAAUAAAGCGCACAACGAAAAACUUUCUCAAAUAGAACAAGUAUUUGGUCAAUCAGACGAAAACCUUAAGCCGCGAGAUUUGCCUGAUUAUUUUAUGGACAAAAUAUCCUUCAAUAUUAUGCAUGAUCCAGUUGUCACACCAUCAGGAAUUACAUAUGAACGAGCACAUUUGAAAGAACAUUUUAAAAAGAUUGGACAUUUUGACCCAUUAUCAAGACGUGAAUGCCGAGAAAGUGAUUUAUACCCAAAUUUAGCACUCAAGGAGGCAAUUGAAGAUUUUGUGAGCAAGAAUGGCUGGGCCGCUGAUUAUUGA